GAAAUAGAGCCCCUUUAGGAAGACUAUGAAAAUAUCCCAUCAAUUUGAUGACAAAAGUUAUUUUCGGAAAUUUCUGAGCCCUCGAGCUCCCUCCCCCUCUUGAAGGAAGAGAGAAAGAGGGCUAUUUUUAUAUCAACCCACUAUUCAAUUCCUUUUCUCUGCAUCUCGAUCUGCGCCGUUUUAUUCUCGCCUGAAUUGCCCCGGCCGUCCUUACUAAUGGCUUGGGCACCUAGUCAAAUUCUCACGGCCGUUUUCCUCUUCUUAUAUCUCCUCCAAUCAAAUCCUGCCGUCUCGAUUGCCAAUCUCCUUCACGGUGGCACCCGUCACGCCAUGGUAUUGCCGCUCUACCUUUCCCCUCCUAAUAUCUCCAGAAUCAGUUUCCCGAAUUCUCGUCGUCACCUGCAGAGAUCCACCUCCGAUUCCCACCCUAGCGCUCGCAUGCGACUCUACGACGAUCUGCUUCUCAACGGGUAUUAUACCACGCGUCUCUGGAUCGGUACACCACCUCAACAAUUCGCUCUUAUUGUUGAUACGGGGAGUACUGUUACCUAUGUCCCCUGUGCUACUUGCAAGCAGUGCGGCAGGCAUCAGGAUCCUAAAUUUGAGCCUGACUUAUCAAGCACAUAUCAACCUGUAAAAUGCAACCUGGACUGCAAUUGUGACCAUGACAGGGAACAAUGUGUUUACGAGAGACAGUAUGCUGAGAUGAGUUCAAGUAGUGGUGUUCUUGGUGAGGAUAUAUUAUCCUUUGGCAAUGAAAGUGAACUUCUACCUCAGCGUGCUGUUUUUGGUUGUGAGAAUGUUGAAACUGGUGAUCUUUAUAGUCAGCAUGCUGAUGGUAUAAUGGGAUUGGGCCGUGGAGAUCUCAGUGUUGUUGAUCAACUUGUUGAUAAAGGUGUGAUUAGUGAUUCAUUCUCAUUAUGUUAUGGUGGGAUGGAUAUUGGUGGGGGAGCUAUGGUUCUUGGUAAUAUAACUUCUCCAGCAAACAUGGUCUUCGCUCAUUCAGACCCUCUGCGCAGUCCAUACUACAAUAUUAAUUUGAAGGCAAUACAUGUUGCGGGGAAGUCAUUACCUUUAAACCCAAGGGUCUUUGAUGGCAAGCAUGGAACUGUUCUUGAUAGUGGCACAACAUAUGCCUACCUGCCAGAAGCAGCAUUUGUGGCUUUUAAGAAUGCGAUUAUGCAUGAACUUCAGUCCUUAAAGCAAAUUCGUGGUCCUGAUCCUAAUUACCAUGAUAUUUGUUUUUCUGGUGCUUCAAGUGAUGCCUCUCAACUCUCAAAUACCUUUCCAUCAGUAGAGAUGGUUUUUGGCAAUGGGCAAAAGAUGUUGCUAUCACCAGAAAAUUACUUGUUCCGGCAUUCAAAGGUUCGUGGUGCAUAUUGUCUGGGGAUUUUCCAAAAUGGAAGGGAUCCAACUGCACUCCUUGGAGGGAUCAUUGUUCGCAACACUCUUGUUAUGUAUGAUCGUGAACAUUCAAAGAUUGGUUUUUGGAAGACCAAUUGUUCUGAGUUGUGGGAACGAAUGAAGGAAACUAGUACUCAGCCAAUGGUUCCUUCAAAUGGAAAGAACUCAAGUGCAGAAUUGCCUCCUAAUGAACCACCAAAUAAUGCCCUUGCAGGGGUACUCCGAAUUGAUCAAAUAACAUUUGAUAUGUCUUUAAGCAUCAACUACUCAGAUUUGGAACCCCAGAUCCCACAACUUACUGAGUUCUUUGCUCGGGAGUUAGAUGUUAAUACUUCUCAGGUUCAUCUUUUAAAUGUUACAUCCAAAGGAGAUAGUUGUCUUAUUACAUGGGCUAUAUUCCCUUUAGGAUCUGCUAACUACAUUUCUAAUGACACUGCAAUUAAUAUAAUUUCCCAGCUUACCGAACAUCGUGUGCACCUUCCUGACACCUUUGGAAAUUAUAAGUUGCUUCAAUGGAAAAUCAAGCCUUCAGCAAAGAGGUCAAUGCGUAACACCAUGGAAGCACCAGUGAAGCAUGCAUGAACUAUAAGCCACAACCACUUGGAUGGGUCAAUGGGUGAUCAAGAAGGCCCAUGGACCUGAUAUCCAGUGUUUUGGAGAACUUACAAAUCAUUCAUUUUUCUACUUUUAUCUUAUGAAAUGAUGUAGGACAUGGUGGCAGCAACAUUAUCUGGUUGUGUUAUUAGUCAUUACCAUUUCGAUGAUUGCUGGACUGUCAGCUUCUGGAAUUUGGUGGCUUCUGCAGAGGCAUAGACAGCAAAAUGUAAAUCCCUACAAACCAGUCGAAAUUGCUGGGCCUGAGCAAGAGUUGCAGCCAAUAUAAUCUAUCAGGACUUGGGUUUGGUGAGUGAUAUAUGCAGCAGAAAUGUCAUAUUUAGCAUUUUUUUCACUUGCAAUAGCCGUGAAGCUUACAAUUUUAACCUCAUAAAAGGACCAUCUUUGCCAGUGAUGCUUAACUAUGUUACUCAUUAAACAGGUCACAGAUAGAGAUAUAGAAGAUCUUGGUCAAAUUAUUGAAUCUGUAUGUGAAUAUUUUGUAACAUGCUUUUGAGUGAAUCAAAAACUCCUGUCCAGUGGCUUUUGCAA